UGAUUGUCGUCAUUCUGCAGGCUGCGUUCGCGCAACGCGCUCGCGUGUUUACAUUCAAAUUAAGAACGAAUUGAUCGUGUUAUAGAUCGAUGUAAUUUUGAAAUGUGGAAGACUUGUUAGGACAUUGUAGUGUUUGUUAAUUAUAACUGUUGUGUUCUAAUUUAUUUGUUGGAGGCUGUUGCAGUGAACAUGUUACGAUACGUGGUACCCUUCAUAUUCGUGCUGUCUUCAGCCACAUCAUGGCAGGACGCGAGUUCAUAUCGAUUUUCAUCACCGUUCAAAAAGCUACAAGCGGCAUCGGAGUCACAAAUUAAGUUUGCCAUAGAGAACAAAUACGACGACACAGGCCCGGGAGCUAAACAGCCAGAAUAUGCUUACAAUACAUACAAGAACGUAGAAGACGCAGUCAUUGCGUAUCUGGAUGACCCAGACACUAAGCUUCCAGAGCACGAAAGAAGCAAAGCAAUCCACAAGUUAAUGAAAUCACCCUUCUAUAAUGGAAACGCACCAUUCAGUAAAAACGAAAACUAUAAAAUAUUCGACAAGUACCAGAUCAAACCUAUGAAGCAGGAUUUCAGUGCUUACAAGCAACAAGCGAACAGGCUGUUCUUCUCAGACGAGAGUAAAUUAAGGCCUUCAGACUUCAUGGUGCAGAACCUUCAAGUUGAUAAGAAGCCAGAGCCGUUCAAAUUCCAAAGGAUCCACACGGUGAAGGGCAGUCCUCUGAGCCUGGCGCACUACACCAGGGACCCUGACUUGAAGGAGGCGUACGACCACUUUGACCCAUACCCCAAGUACACGUUUUCGUACGGAGUUCACGAUAAGCAGACUGGUGACUCGAAGACAGUCCAGGAGAGUCGAGACGGUGGCGUCGUGAGGGGGUACUACAGCUUCAUCGACGCUGAUGGCAAGACCCGCACCGUCCACUACACAGCUGACGACACCCAAGGGUUCAGGGCGAACGUGCAGAAAACUAAUUAGGUCACUACCCUAGUCUAACUAUGGCGAUGGUACUUUAUUUUUAGAAAGGAUUUUGAUACUGUUGAUAUUCGAAUUUGAACUUUAAAAGCAAAGGGGUUUUUGUAUGUAAGGUUAAGUUCCGUUAUAAGUAAAAGGUAAAGUGUUGUAAGGCUUUAUAUGAGUACUGGGUCUAUUGAUAGUAAGUCGUACCAAAAAGGUUAACUUCACAGAAGUAUGAAACAAAUAAUUCUAAUACUAGCAGAUCCUGACACAGAUCCUGAGAUCAAUCCUAUUAUAAAUUUGCUUAAAUUAUAAAUUUAACUAAUGCGGUUUCUUUUACUUCGUUACCACGACAAGGAUAAGUACUGCAUACACAUAUUUUUAAAUACAAAAAAUUAAAGGUUGUUGUUUCUAGUAUGCGUGUCAUGUGCACGACGCUGGAGAAAAACCUAGUGUUGGGCAAAGUUUUUUUUUUAAAAGGAAGGUUGAAGGAAGAAAAUAAGGUGCCAUCGCUGUCAACUACAGAACACCGAGGAUAGACUGUGUGUGUAUGUGUGUGUGUACUGCCAUAUUGUACUUUCCAAAAACGACCAAUUAUAUAAUGAAAGCAACAAG